AUGUGGACAGCGUUCACGAACGGUGUUGUUGUUGUUCCGGGCGGAUUCACGCUUGGUGCUAUCCGUGCGAAAUGGUUCGGAACGGUAUCGGGAAAUCCCUUGACGAAACAACUUCGGAGGCAUUCAGCGAAAUUCGCUCAAUCUGUACGAUGGACAGAGCACAUUCGCCGGGAUGGACGUCGCGGAUGGCGCAUGCAGGACGCUGGCAGCGAGGGCGCCAGCCUCUUCAUAGAGGGCCCUCACACUUCCGCAAAGAAUCAGCAUUCGUGGGACGCAGGCGAUGAUGCAGUCUCAGCGCCGGAAUCUGCGAACAAGGUCAAGAAGGGCUCGCGAACAACCUUGGAAGGCGAUGCUGAUGCCAAUCCACCGAAUGAACAGCAUACGAGCGAGACCAGCACCAACAAGAGAUCCAUGUCGGUCGCAGACUCCACCUUAGCGAGCAAGCCAGGCGCCGGAGGUAGCGCGCAAACGCGGAGUCGACAGUCUCGGAGAAAAGCAAGCUCGACUCAGGCUACCAGUCGAGAGAUAGCCCGAACGGAAGCAGCAGCUGGUGAAACGGGUAGUAUUGAGCAGGCUGCGGAGGCGCCGGUGCCUGCGCAAGCCAAGACGAAGCGUCGCUCACGAAAGAAGAGCGACCAAAACUCGGCUGCAGAGUCGACGGAAGAUACCGAGUCCGCUGUAGUUGCAGAUGACGCAUCGGAAGCACCUGGUCAUCGUCAGGUACACUCAUUGGGAACGCAAAAGCAGACAACCAGGUCGUCAUCGACAUCGCGCACUACAGGAAGCAAGGCACGGAAGAAGCGCGAUGAGAGCGUGUCAAAUGGGCAGCUUCCUCCAGCAGAUGUUGAAUCCCUGCCAGCAGAUGCUUCAUCCGUUAUACCUGAUCCUGCAAUGAAAACUCUUGAGGUUAACGCCGACGCAGCGGUUACGACGGUCGCCAACUCGCGUGUAUUUAACGCCGCGGAUGAGCAUUUGGACGAAGAACCCGCAGAACAGAGCCGCGUCGGGAUACAGUCACGUACACCUAGAUCCAAAAAGGCAACAAGAAGGUCAGAAAAAAGCACAUCUCGUGGCUCAUCCACGACGUUUUCAACCGAUGGGUCGGCUCCGAAUUCGGGAGAAAGUACCGUAUACGGGUCGCCAGGUGAAGCCGGUCCCGUUGCACAACACGUACCCGCAGAGAUGUCUGACCUUGGAACAAACUUGUCUGCGAGAGCAAGUGAGAACGACGAGGACAACAACGACGAGCUGAAUGCGAGUUCAACAGAUUUCUUCGGGGGGCAAGCUGAUCUGGCGCUAGAUGAUGAUAUCGAAACGGAUUUCGACGUGGCGGCUUUGCAGGAUGCGAACAUUGCCGACGCAUUUGAUGGUGAGACGCCCACCGAUUCGAGCUUUGCAUGGGAAAGAGAUCCUAUAGAACGUGCCAGAGAGCGGGCAAAGGCAGCGCAUGAGCGAAUGCCAUCCGAACUGAGGUUCAGAAGCGAGACAUCCUCGACAGAGCAUUCGUUUCCGGAUGAAUCUGAGCCCGUAACCGAUUUCGACGAAUACGCAUGGUAUGAGAACGAGCCACUGGUCGCUCCUGAGAGUCCGUUCCAGAAAGCCUACCAACGACUCAUUCAUUCGCAUAUCUCAUACAAGGAGAUGGAUCGAUGGAGUCAGGGUGGUGAACCGCCCCGCGUUCUGGGCUUGCUGUUUGGACCACCGGAACCGCCCCCGAUCCCGACUCCUGGUCAACGGUUCCAAGUCGAUGAGGGUCCUCCUCUACCGAUUCCCGAUCGUCCGGUCUGGAAGAGCCGCGACCAGGCGUCAUCGGACCUGAACAAUACGGAUUUGCUCACGGAUAUUGGCUUUGCGACGAGCUCCGAUGAGGACAUCGAGCAAGCUCUGGAGGAACUUCUCCAACGGGAUGCUCGGACUGGUGGCGGUCGAUUUCGGACGCAAGCGAACAAGAAAAACGACAUCGACGCCUUUGAUUUUGACACCCAAGGCAUGGGCUUUGCUGAUUCGGCGUUCACAGAGGCAUCAGAUGCACGAUCUGGUGAGUCUCUGGGCAUUCCCGGAAGUCAGGAUGAUCCAGCUUGGGGCGAUUUCGGUGGCCCAGCAUCGACCACUGCAGAUGCUGAAACCGCUUCGGCAACCGAUGAGUAUGAGCCGUACCGGCUGCGGUUCGCCAACGAAGCGUUCCCCGAUGACGAGAGCACCGCCGGUCCAGAUGCGAACGAGCAUAGCGAGAGUGCCAGAUCACCGCGACUCGGUGGGUCGGGUAGCAGUGCGCGCUGGGGUCCAGCCCGCAAACGCCUCGAGGACGAAGAGGAAGAGCGGCGACGAGCCGGUAACCCGAGUCCGCGUAUAGCAGAUGAACAGCGAAUCGCCGGUGUUCUCACGAUGCCGGAGACGUUUCCAGCACAGUACGAAUUGCGCCUCCUGUUACGGAACCCGGUACCCAACGAAGCUGUGGAGCGUAUCCUCCAGGACGUUGAAUCGAUUCUACGUUGCGAGGUGGAAGAGGACGCUUUCUGGAUCGAGCUCGUGGGCGAUAUGAAACGAGUGGUUGUUCGGGUUCGCGUCCAGAGCGCGUCGCAGAUCGACAGCCUCUACAAUCAGCUUUGCACUCACACGACGAUCGCUGCGAUGCACGGUGACCAAAUCGAUGGUAUCAUUGGACGGGAUGAGGAGUUCGUUUAA